UCAUUUUCCUACUCGCGACGAAUAUUCUUCGGAGCCAUUUGCUUCGGCAAAGAAUCUACCACAGAAAAUUCUGCAAACCCGAUUUUCCUCUCGCCUUAUCAUCCCCAAAUCUUGUGACUUUUCGUUCCUGAACCCUGAAUUUCCCCGAGAAAUCUGAUAAUUUUCCCGAGAAAAUCCGUCCGAGACAAUGGCUAGUGGUAUCGAUGCAUUUGCACUGUCGUUCUCAGACAUCCCCGAGGAUGUCCAGCUCUGCGUCCUGUCGUUCCUGUCGCCGGCAGAGAUCUCCAGCUUCGCCUGCACGUCGAGACGCUUCGCCGCGCUGUGCCGGGACGACGGCAAGCUCUGGCACGCGAUGUGCGACCGGAGAUGGGGGAGGAAGACGCAGAUCCAGAAAUGGGGGAAGGGUCGGAUCGGGUACAGAGUUCUCUACAGGACUCUGAGCGAGUGGGAAAAUCUGAUCGGAUUCUGGCGCCGAUGCGGUCGAGCGAAUCCCGCCGCUUCAUCUCCGCCGUUGGUUUUCUUCGAGUGGGGACCUUCCUUCAUGUUGGGAUCUAGGGUUUCUCCGACCGGGAACGGGACUUAUCACGUCAUGAAGACGCCGUUUCUAUGGAUGGGCUUGUCGCAGGAGGGUCGGGUCGUGAAUUUCCUCGAUCUGGAUGGGAAACCGGGAUCAGGGUUCGGUAUUGAAGAUCUAGGGUUUACGAAUGGCAAUUUCGUGCCGGUGGAUGUCAAUUUCAUGGGAAACUGCCAUUUUAUGGUGGAGGAGAAUCGCUGCUCUACCUACAAUUCUCGCGGAGGAUCGAAGAGCAAUAGCUCCGGCGACGAGAGCGAGGAUUUGAUCACCGGAAAAUCGCCGGACUUUAUGGUUUCGGAGAUGUAUUCCCGAUUCGCAAACCGGAUGAGCCCCGGCGACAGUAGGCGGCAGCGGAGGAAGGAGAAGGAGCGGCAAGCCAGGAUCAAAUGGGAACCAGAACACUUUGUUAAGGUUGUCGAUUGCUCGCCGACGACCACAAAGCCCUUGCAAGGCUUAUGGAAGGGUUUCUGCCAUGGAAAGAACCUGGAGUUCUAUUUUGUGAAAUAUGAUGAAGUUGGAGGCAUCAUAUGCAGGAAAGUAGAAGACUUGUCGUUGUCACGGAACACUGUACCAGUCUUUUGGGCAUCUAAAGCCUCUUUGGAUGAUUCUUCCAUUUCUAUAGAAGAGGAAGAACAGAUAUUCAACGGCCGAAUCCACAUCACUCCUCUCACCGCCGAGGAUCACGAGAAGGUGGUUUCCCGGGUAUUGCAUAUGAGUUCUAGCUACGACUUGGCUUUGCCAGGUUCGGCUACUGGAGAUGGGCGGAUUUGGUUGUACGAAAAUGGGACAUUCGGGUUUGGGUUUCUUCGAGAUCAAUUCAUCAUUGAUCUGAAACGUGUUGUCGAAGAUGGUUGUCUGGCCGAGGAGUCUGGUGCUUCAUUACCAUGCCAUUGAUUGGUUGAUUGAUUCAUUCCCUUUGAUGAAUCACCCUUCUGUACAUAAAACAGACUUGUUGCUGGGUGAUGAUAGCCUUCUGCAUUUUUUUUUCUUCUUUUGCACAGUUUAUUUUAAGACUAUUAAUUGUUGGGAAUGGCGGAUUGAGCUUGUAAUUCUGCAUGCCCUGCUUGAAUUAAGCCAAUAAUAUAAGCUUGGUUCCUCAUCGCCUUUGAA